UUACCACACAACUGUCAAAUUGACAAAAUCAGUUAGCGUUUUAUAAAGUAUGUACGCGAAAUCACAUGUGGGUGGUUGAAGGGAAACCAAUAGCAGGAUGACCUGCACUCGUAAUGUUCAUUUAUUGCCAUGACAUAUACGAUUAAUGAUGUCUCUACCGCUUGGGAGCAAGGUUAAUGUCGAUUACAAAGCACGACUAGAACACAAGUUAUACCUGGCUAGAGAAAACCCAGAACCAAUAUUCGAUGUGUCUGAAUGUGCUUUAAAACAUGUACCCUCUGGUAUUUAUUCACUGUGUAGAGUAUUCAGAAAGAAGGUGCUAUGGAUGUAUAGUAACAAGCUGACUUCACUUUCGGGUGGAGGUGCCUUAAGCGAUUUAUCAUUACUCGUUGUAUUAGAUAUUCGUGAUAAUGAAUUUACUCAUUUACCAUCAGACAUAAUGUGUCUUGCUUCUCUCAAGGAACUCUAUUUACAAGACAACAAUAUUCGAAAACUGCCAAACGAAAUAGUACAUUUAAGUAAAUUAAACAUUUUGAAUGUGGCAAAAAACAAAUUGAAACAAUUGCCAGAAGCAAUGGGAAAUUUAAAGCAGCUUAGCAUGUUAGAUAUUAGUCAUAAUAAACUUCAUAAACUCCCUAAAUCUUUGGGUUAUGCACAACAAUUAGCAGAGUUAAAUAUUGAUGGGUUAAACUUAUUGUAUCCACCUCAAGAUAUUUUAAAUGGAGGCACAAAAGUAAUUAUAGCAUUUCUAGCAAAUGAAAGUGGCAUUAAAUAUUCACCAGAAGAGCCUGAUUCUGAAACAGAUAUAUCAAGAAAUAUAAGUUUUGAAGAUAUGCAAGGGGUAUAUCAGAAUAAAAAUAAUGAUGUACAGGCUGCAUUACAGAAGCUAGAAAAAAUGAAGGAGCAUCGCCAAAAUGCAUUAUUAGAAGUUGAAAAGAACAUCAAGCAACAACAAGAAUAUGAAAUGGAGAUGCAGACAAUGUUAAAAAAACACAGAAAGAAGCUUUUGCAAGAUCUUGCUUUACAGCAAACUCAGUUACAAUACGAAUUACAAAAAGUACAACAAGAAAGAGAUUCUAACAGAGCACGCUUACUUUCUUAUAUUUAUAAUGCUGAAAAAGAAGCAGAUAAUGUUAUUAAAGAAUUUUUAAGAAACAGCGAAGAAGAAAGGCAAACUCAAGCUGAAUUAUUAGAAAAGGAAAAACAAGAAGAAAUGCAACUAUUAUCUUCUUGUCAUACAGAACAAUUUAUGUUCCGUACAAAGGAUACUCUUCUUUCUAUGGAGAAAUUACUUGAAGAAGAACUUCACAGAACUAGAAAGUUAGAAGAACAUAGUAAAUAUAGAGAUUGUGCUGCACAAUCUUUACUCACACUAGAAGUAAGGAAUAAUGAUCAUUUAGCACAAAUAAUGCAAGAUCAAGCGGAAAAAAGACAAGAUUUAAUUGACACAUUAAGACAAGAUGAAGUUUUGCAAAAGGCUGCUGUUGCAGCACUAUUAGAACGUAGCGAUGCACGUUGUUGGAGUAUCGUGCAACAAGUCAAUUUGGUACAAUCGCAAUUAGCUGCACUUACGAACAUUGAACUAGAGAGGCGAAAAUUAGAAAUUAACCAGCAACUUAAUGAAAUAGCUGAAAAAAGAGUAGCCUUGAGUGCUAUUCUAAUGAACUUAUUAGAACAGCAGAAAAGCAGAAGAGAUCAGCUUCUGGAAACAAUUAAUAGCAUAGAACAACAACGUUGUAUUACUAAUUCUAGAAGACAAAGUCAAUUUUGGUUAAUGCAAUAUCAGUCUUUAAUGGAAACACGUCCUCAGGGUUUAUUAGAAAUGUUAGAGCCAACGUUAGUGCGACAUGUUGCAAUAGCAGGUGCAUUACAUUGUUUGCCAUUUCUAGCUUCUUUGCCAUCAUUACUUCCAGAUCUUAGUGAUGAACAAUUGAAAGCUAUUGGAAUACACUGUGAAAAUGAUCGCACUGCUAUAAAACUUGCAGUUGAAAAUUACUUGGCAGAAUUAAAACUCAACGAAUUUAGAACACCCAUAAUACCUUCUGCACCAUCAGAAGAAGCUUGUACAAGUUCUAAUUAUCAAGAAUACAAUGAUACUCAGAGCAUCAAUACUGCCGAAUGUGUAAUUUGCCUUGAUUUACAAUGUGAAGUAAUUUUUCUACCAUGUGGGCACCUUUGUUGCUGUUCAGGUUGUGCAAAUAUGAUUUCGUCAAAUUGUCCAAUGUGUAGAAGUGUGAUAGAUCAUAAAAUUCACAUUGUAAAGCCUUAAAAUUUGAAUAUUUUUUGUAAACAUUUCCAUUUAGAUAUUAUUUGUUUAUUAAUUUAAAAGUAUAUCAACAAAUUACUAUCUAAAAUUUUAUAUGGAAGAAUGUAAUAACGUAUAUAAUACGUAUUAUAUAUAAUACGUAUGUAAUACUUCAAAUAUUUCCAUCUACAAAAAAUAAUAUCUCAUAAAGCUAUAAAAUUUAUCCAAUAAAUUUUUUUUAAU